AAAGAUAGUAAUUAAAGAAAAAAAGAAGAAAAGGCAAGUGAAAAGAAAAACUCCCAACCCAAAUAAUGGAGGAGAAAUGGGGAGAGCCAUUGGAUGAGAGAGAGGGAGGGGCAUGGAGAAUCCCAAUGUUCAGACUACUUAGACAUCACAGCCUACUCUUCACACCCUCUUGUCACUAAUUAUCACAUCUUCUUCUUCUUCUUCAACUUCAUCUUAUGCUGCUGUUGCUGCUACUAAUCUAAUUAUCAAUCCCCACUUUGUUCUCUUUCAGGAACACAAACCUCUUUCCUUUUCUCUCUCUCUUUAUUAAUCAAACUCAAAAAGAAAAUAAAAGAAAAAGAAAAGAAGCCCUCUUUCUCUCAUGAUCUAAAAGCUUUUUGCUUUUCUUUUUUCGUUUUUUCAAGAACCAAUCAAGAGACACAUUCUUUCUUUCCUUUUAAUUUAUAUGAUCAACAACAACAAAAAACCCAGAUCAGAGAGCGACUCUCAACCAACCCCUAAUUUCAUGAGAGAAGAUCGUACAGAAAUGUCUGAAGACGACGACCGAUCUCCUCCUCCUCCUCCUCCUCAUCCCCCUUCUUCCGAUUCCGGGUCUGGGUCCGGACCCAGUUCGGUACCCGACUACCAAGCUCCAUACCCUGACCAGGUUCUUGAAAAUGUGCUCGAAAACGUUCUCUGUUUCUUGACUUCACGGCGAGACAGAAACGCAGCGUCAUUGGUCUGCAAGUCAUGGUACCGUGUGGAGGCACUUACCCGAUCCGAACUCUUUAUCGGGAACUGCUAUGCGGUCUCUACGAGACGGGCUACUUGCCGGUUUACCCGAAUCAAGUCGGUUACUUUAAAGGGUAAGCCCCGGUUUGCAGAUUUCAAUCUUAUGCCUCCAAAUUGGGGGGCUCACUUUGCGCCUUGGGUUACUACUAUGGGAAAGGCAUAUCCUUGGCUUGAAAAAGUUCACUUGAAGCGUAUGACUGUUACUGAUGAUGAUCUUGCGCUUCUUGCCGAGUCUUUUUCUGGGUUUAAAGAGCUUGUGCUUGUUUGUUGUGAUGGCUUUGGUACUAGUGGACUUGCUAUUGUUGCUAGCAGGUGCAGACAACUGAGAGUGCUGGAUCUGAUCGAGUCUGAGGUAGCAGAUGAUGAAGUUGAUUGGAUUUCAUGUUUUCCUGAGAGUGAAAUGUGUCUGGAGUCUCUUAUUUUUGAUUGUGUAGAAUGCUCUAUCAAUUUUGACGCAUUGGAGAGGCUGGUGGCACGUUCACCUUCCCUGAAGAAAAUCAGGUUGAACCGUUAUGUUUCAGUUAGCCAAUUAUACCGCCUGAUGAUUCGAGCUCCGCAACUUACGCAUCUUGGGACAGGCUCAUUUCGUCCAUCAGAUGAUGCUGCUGCUCAGGGUGAACAAGAACCUGAUUAUGCAUCUGCCUUUGCUGCUUGCAAAUCUUUAGUUUGCCUGUCUGGGUUCAAGGAAAUCCUUUCAGACUAUUUACCAGCAAUUUACCCAGUUUGUGCCAAUCUCAAUUCCUUGAACUUAAGCUAUGCAAAUAUCACUGCAGACCAGCUUAAACCGAUAAUAAGCAAUUGCCACAAGCUUCAGACUUUUUGGGUUCUUGAUUCAAUAUGUGAUGAAGGACUUCAGGCUGUGGCUGCUACAUGCAAGGAACUACGCGAGCUGCGGGUGUUCCCUAUUGAUGCUCGGGAAGAUAGUGAAGGCCCUGUGUCUGAGGUGGGCCUCCAAGCCAUUUCCGAGGGUUGUAGGAAGCUUCAAUCUAUUUUGUACUUUUGCCAGCAUAUGACAAAUGCAGCUGUUAUAGCCAUGUCAAAGAACUGCCCUGAUCUUGUGGUGUUCCGUCUUUGUAUAAUGGGACGCCACAGGCCUGAUCGUGUCACUGGAGAACCUAUGGAUGAAGGAUUUGGAGCCAUUGUCAUGAACUGUAAAAAGCUCAGUCGGCUUGCUGUAUCAGGUUUAUUGACUGAUAGAGCUUUCAGUUAUAUUGGAGAAUAUGGGAAAACAGUAAGGACUCUAUCUGUUGCUUUUGCUGGGGACAGUGACAUGGGGCUGAAGUAUUUGCUUGAGGGGUGCCCCAAAUUGCAGAAGCUUGAGAUUAGAGAUAGUCCAUUUGGGGAUGGAGCUCUGCUCUCUGGUCUGCACCACUAUUACAACAUGAGAUUCCUUUGGAUGUCUGCUUGUAAGUUAACCCGCAAUGGUUGUCAGCAGAUUGCGCGGGAAUUGCCUGGGCUGGUGGUGGAAGUGAUUAAUCAUGAGUAUGAUGAGGACAUGGAAAACUUUGUUGAUACAUUAUACAUGUAUCGGUCUCUUGAAGGGCCAAGGGAUGAUGCCCCCAAGUUCGUUUCCAUCUUGUAGGCAUUUGUGCUGCAGGAAGAUGUAUCUGAUGUUCUUAUGUUGGCUAUUGGACAAGUGGCAGACAUUUUUGUGCAGAAGUGGAAUUCAUAAAGUGCCAGUUAACUAAGCCCGGAAGGUGGUCUAUAAUAUUUGCCAGAGAAAGUUGAGUAAACUUGUUCUGUCCUUGUCCUUGUCGUGCAAUGUUGGAAGUGGGUUUCAAAGAAAAUCUCUAUGAAGGACCUCAAUUUUUUCUUUGCUUAGGUUCUUUAAGAGGAUGUAAUCAAGGAGGGGCUAGUGCAGAAGGUAGAUUUCUCUGUAAGGAUUAGGUCGCUGGAUCUUGUUCUAUCGGUAUGCUUCUAAAUUUUAUGUUUCUUUUUGCUUUCAUAUUCAUUUGAUCAUAAAGGAGAAGAGGCUGCAAGAGAAAAGGGAUGGGGGUGUCGAGGUGCACAAGAAGUGGAAUGGGAUGGACAAUUGAUCGUCCUUAGUUGAACAGUCGUAGAUUUAGAAAGAUGAACUUGAGGAACAUUUCUUCCACCAUGAUGCCAUUAGAGCAGAGGAGAAUCAAGGUGUAAGUCGUACCAGGAAGAAGAAGAAGAAGAAGAAGAAGAAGACGAAGGAGUUAGUGGGUCUUAUUUUUUAAUCAAGGGGUAGCUAGUUUUAAGCUGUAGCUGGUGAGAAACUAAAUGCCCAGAUUGAUACAUAUCUCUUUCUCUACCUCUCCCUUUCACUCUGUCUUUCUCAACGUUUGUUUUCUUAAGAUGUGAUGUUGUAGCACCUGACUGUUGAAUUUAUUAUUGUUAUUGUUAGGCAAUGUUGAGAUGGGUAAUAAAUGCCAAAUCUUCAUAUGAA